UUUCUUUCUCACUCUCUCUUCUUUAUGUAUUUCUCUAUGAAUUUUCUCCAUCAAAGUAUAGAAAAGAAGUAACAAUCGAAAGCAAUAAUGGUACAUUCCAAGAAAUUUCGAGGCGUUAGGCAACGACAAUGGGGAUCUUGGGUGUCUGAGAUUCGUCAUCCUUUACUUAAGAAGAGGGUGUGGCUAGGCACAUUUGACACAGCAGAAGCAGAAGCAAAAGCUUAUGAUCAAGCAGCAAUUUUAAUGUGUGGAAGAAAUGCCAAGUCCAAUUUUCCACUUUCUCAAAAUAUAAAUGAAUUAGAAGAGCUUAAUUACAAUAAAAAUAAGCUCAAUUACAAGGGUAGUAACCCUAACUCCCUAAAAUCAUCUUCCUCUAACACACAUGAGAAAUUAUCCCAAGCACUUCAUGCCAAGCUUUGCAAGUCCAACAAGGUUCCAUCCUCGUCUCUAACUUGCCUAAGGCUCGACACUGAGAACUCCCACAUUGGUGUAUGGCAAAAGCGAGCUGGUCCAAGCCCUAAUUCAAAAUGGGUCAAAACGGUCACAUUCGAGGAUAAUAAAAACAUCAAGGUUGGUGAUAUUGAUCAUGAAGAGUGUAACAAAGAACAAGAGGGUCAAGAAGAAAGAGUAACUUCUCCUAGUAUUGGUACAUUUGGUAUAGUUCAUGAUCAUGAUCAUGUUCAUGUGUUGGAUGAAGAGGAAAAGGUUGCAUUGCAAAUGAUAGAGGAACUUCUUAGUAGAAAUUAUUGCUCUAACUAAGCUAGUCUUUAUGUAACUAGGUUUGGAUCUUUUGGUUGUUAUUUAGCUUGUUACAAUUCAAGAUAUAUGUCAUAGUAAUAUAUGAUGCUAAGAUAGUAUAUUAUGUAAGAAAGUUCUUACUAAGUGUGAACAUCUUCUACAUGACUAUAAAUUGAAGGACUAGGGAUGCAAUAUUACUAAAAAAUUGAAAUACAACAAAUAAAUAAAUAGAGGGUACAAUUAUUGUACUUACUUGCAUAGAUAAGGCAAGUUUAAGAUCGAUUGGUCUUUAUCAAAAUGGUAUGUACUAGGAAUUGAAGUAACAUACACAAUA